AUGCUCCCAUUUGGAGGGGGGUUGACUCCAAGAUAUCUGAAGGACGAUGAAAUUAUUCUUGUGUGCGCCAUAUCUGUUUUUCCUCUGCUUUCUAGGACCUUUCAUGUGUUGUUUAAGAAUUCUCUGCGGUUGAAAGAGCACUUAUGUGGCAUCACUGGUGCAUUCACAUAUGGGUGUCUCCACCCACUUGACACUAUCAAAACUAAGCCGCAAACUAAGGUGUCUGAGAUUUACAGUGGAACAAUUGAUGUCAUUGUCAAAACUUUUCAAAGCAAAGGGUGUCUUGGAUAUCACAAUGGUGUUUCUGCUGUAAUUGUUGGGUCCACUUCUUCCUCAGCUGUGUAUUUUGGGAAUUCCAAAUUUCCAGUAUACUCUUCUGUGCUUACUCCACCCAAAGCUGGGGAAGGGAGGAUAGGGUCAUCGGCUAUAAUGGCGCUGAAGGAAUUGAUUACCCAUAGGAUUCAGUCUGGGGCUAAAGGGAGGUCUUGGCAGGUAUUGAUGAGAAUCUUGGAAAAAGAUGGAAUCUUGGGAUUGUAUGCUGGAUAUAGUGCUACAUUGUUGAGGAAUUUCUCUGCUGGGGCCUUGAGUUAUUCAUUGUUUGAUUAACUCAAGGGAGCUUUGGAGCCAUUUCAGAGUGUUUGUUGUGGGGCACUGGUAUCAGCUUCACUAACAAUGCUUUUAGUUGUGGUGAAGACUAGGUCGAUGAUUCAAUUUGAUUCUGAACCUGCCAAUAAGGUUGAUGUCGCUAUGGUUACUGGCGUCUUGGCUACUGUUAGACAGAUAUUGAAAGGAGAAAGGUGAACUGGUUUUUCAAUGGGAAUGGGCCCUAGAGUAUUUCAUAGUGCUUGUUUUUCAGCUCUGAGGUACUUUGCAUUUGAAACAGCUAGGUGUACAAUUCUGGAUCAGUAUCUGAAGCAUAAGGAGUUAGAGUCUUUGGUUCCCGCAGAAGAGCAUAUGCAUCCCAUGUCGAUUUGAGUGUAGGGGUGUGGUUCUUAAAUUCAGUUAUUAAACUUUUGAUGCAUUGGUAAUACCAGCAAGCCCUGUUAGGGAUUUCUCCUCAUCAAUCCUCUUACUGCAAGAUAAUUUCUUUUAUCUUGGCUCUGUUGCCAUUACAGACUCUCCACGACUCGUACUUACAUCACAUUGGAACUGCAGAAAAUGCUCACUGGUUUCUUUGCAGUGGCAACAAUGAGACGAUUAACCAAGUUCUAAUCGAUUGGACAAAAUUCAUGGCUCGAUCUUACAAUGUCCUAGCUACUACAAUCUAAUGGUACUAACGCUAGGUGUAGUACUGUAGGGGGGGGGGGGUUGCAGGUAAUAAAUAGCAAAAAGCAUUAACAGUUAAACUUUUGAACCUUUCAAGAGAAGCAUUUUUAGAUUGUCAACCUUCUUUCAGAUUACUAGUUGAUGUUUAGAGUAGAAACUUAUUAUUGUACGCUUUAUUGUAAUAUGAUUACGUAAACUUUAUACUA